ACUCGAUACGUUAAAGCUCAAAACAACAUUGAGUUGCAAAUGAAACAUAAGUGUGGUUGUGUGUUUUGUGAUUUUUGGUAUACGUGUUAUUUUAUAUUCUGUUUGUGUAACAAUGCGUCAUAUUUUAGCUAACAUGAAGUUUCUAAUUCUUCUGAUCAUGAUAGCACUAAUUAAAUGCCAAAAGUUAUCUGAUGGUUGGGGUAUUGUCGGUGAUCCAUUGCUGCAUGUGAGGCCCUGCGAGGGAGAUAUUACCUUAGUCUACGUGACAGGGUUGUCACCCGCUGAAGAAAACCAAUACUCAUUACGCAUAGGUGGUGAGUUUCCAAAAAACACCAAAAUGCAAGUGAAGUUUGAUUCUGGAGCUAAUGUUACUUUGUUUCCUAUACUAGGCGAUCCAGUUUCGGCAAGAAUAAGGACCCUAGAUGAGCCAAAUUCCUUUGAAAUAAAAUUCUUCCAGAAAGGCAAGGAUCUAGCUCUAAGAGUAAAAGGUGUUACUAUUGGACAAGUGCCAUACCUGAAGAGUUUGGUUAUAAAUACUAUAGAAUAUUGUAAAAAUGCAACAACUGGAUACUUAGACAGAUUAAUUCAAGGGAAUAAAAACACAGCAGAAAGCACCGCGGAACGAACAGAGAGUGCAGCGAAAGUAGUCGAUACGACUUGUGGCAAACGUCAAGUAUUGCACACAGGCUUGAUCGUGAACGGACAGCCUACGAAACCGGGAGACUGGCCGUGGCAUGCUGCCUUGUAUGUUUUAGAACUAUCUUCUUUGAAGUAUAUUUGCGGGGGGACUUUGCUUUCCAAGUCUAUGGUGCUUACAGCGGCGCAUUGCGUGACCAUCCGUGGCGUACCACGCGUCGCUUCUAGUCUUAGCGUGGUCCUUGGAAAAUACAAUCUGAUUGGAGGUGAUGUAGCAACUCAAGAGAGAGAAGUCCAAGAAAUAAUAGUGCACGAAUCAUUUGAAUACCGACAUUUGAAUGAGGACAUAGCGUUAGUAAGACUGAAAUCCGAGGCUAUUUUUGAUGAGUAUGUGCAACCAGCGUGUUUGUGGAGUGCUGAGGCGUACAAGAGGCUCCCACCUGGAAGGAUGUAUGGAACUGUCGUCGGCUGGGGUUUUGAUAACAGCGACACUCUGACCCCUCAACUGCAGCAGGUGAAGUUGCCCAAGGUAUCAGAGGUUAAUUGCAUCAGGAGCAACCCGCUAUUCUUCUCCAGACUCCUUACUGAUCAUAAAUUCUGCGCGGGCUACACUAACGGAACAUCAGCCUGUAAUGGUGACAGUGGUGGUGGCUUCAUGAUCUUCGUUCCUGAUGAGUCGGGAGCCGCGGGCGACGUGCCCGGCGCGUGGCACGUCAGAGGAAUCGUCUCGAUGAGCGUGUCCAGGACUGAUGGACCUAUCUGCAACCCUAACUAUUACGGGCUAUUCACUGACGUCGCGAAGUUCAGGGGAUGGGUAUCGAGGCAUUUGUAAUGUGUGGAAUUAUAGUGAAUGAAUGAUUUCGUAAAUGUAUAAUGAUUUAAGGAAAAAUAUAGUAAAAAUUGACAAACGAGUAUUUACAACAAA